AUGGUGAAGACUGUCGCAGAGACUUUGUUGCGUAUCUUGGAGUUCCUCACACCUACCCUUGAGAUACAGGAGAUCACCGUGAGAGCGAUCCAGAAACAGGGGAUCUCGAAGGCACGGGCACGCUGGGCCAUUCCUGGCGAAAGUUCAAAUUCCGAUGAUAAUUUAACCAGGAAAGUGAAAGUCAGAAUUCUGAAAGGGACUACAUACAGCGAUGACGCUGAAGUGAGGCCACAGCAGAAGGCCCAAUUCGCUAGCAAUCUCACUAACGAAGCAGAAUCAUAUGCAAUCAUCGCGCUAGGCAGCAAUCUGGGCCAUCGAGUGGAUAGCAUCGAAGCUGCCUGCAAUCUCAUCAGUGGAGACCCAGAUCUGCGAAUUAUCUCGACUAGUCCGCUCUACGAGACGCGCCCUAUGUACUACGAUGAUCAAGGAAGAUUCGUCAACGGAGUCUGCAAAGUUGCAACUGAUUUAAGCCCCGUCCAGCUCUUAGAUCGUCUUCAGAGCUUCGAGAAUGUUCUUGGACGUGUGAAGCUCAUUGAUAAAGGCCCCCGGAACAUCGAUCUGGACAUCAUCACGUAUGCUCAACAUGUCAUCUCCACAGAACGCCUCACAAUUCCACACAAGCUGAUGCUGGAGAGGGAGUUCGUGCUUCGGCCGUGGUGCGAAAACUUCAAGCUCGCCUCGACUGGACAGUCUGUCUCUCAGCACCUGCAGCAGCUAGUCCCUGGUGAACCCUCCAUGUUCCCCAUCACACCUCUAGCUCCCGAAAGUGAACUUCUCCAAUCACUGCACCCGAAGCGAAAGACGCAUGUGAUGUCCAUUUUGAAUGUGACGCCAGACUCGUUUUCCGACGGUGGUGCCAAUCGGCCGACAGACCUCGAUGCAUUGAAACACACCAUUCAAUCUCACAUUGCAGCAGGCGCUACCAUCAUCGACGUGGGAGGACAGUCUUCUCGGCCAAAUGCCCCGGAUGUCACAGCCGAGGAAGAAAUUGCCCGUAUUCUCCCAGCGAUUGAGCUCAUUAAAGCCCUACCCGAAGCAAAGCAUGUUUCCAUCAGUAUUGACACAUACCGUGCUUCCGUCGCCGAAGCAGCGAUCGAAGCCGGCGCACAUAUCAUCAACGACAUCUCUGCCGGAAGCCUCGACCCUGACAUGUUACCCACUAUCGCCCGCCUCGGUUGCACCUACAUCAUGAUGCACAUGCGCGGCAGCCCCGCUACGAUGCAAAAUCCAGAAAACACAGCCUAUCCCGACGACCUCGUCUUUACAGUGGCUACAGAACUCCUCGUACGACUCGACGCCGCACAGCAAGCCGGCAUUCGACGUUGGCGCAUCAUUCUCGACCCCGGCAUUGGAUUCGCCAAAACCGUCGAGCAAAAUGCGGAGCUUCUGGGUCGAUUUUCCGAGCUUCGAAAUCAUGAAGAGCUGAGAACGUAUCCGUGGUUGGUGGGAACCAGUCGGAAAGGUUUCAUUGGAAAGCUCACUGGUGUAGAAGAUGUGAGAGAUCGGGUGGAGGGUACUGCUGCUACUGUCACGGCUGCGGUGGCUGCUGGAGCGGAAAUCGUGAGAGUACACGAUGUGAAGGAAAUGGUAAGAGUGGUAAAGAUGGCGGAUGCCAUGUAUAGAAGAGGACGACGAGGAGGAGACGCGCAGUCCUCCUCUCCCUCUUCCUCCUCCUCCUCCUCCUCCUCCUCCUCCUCAGUCUGCGAUACGCACUGUUCCGAGAAUGACCAGCAGGAAGGUCAAACUCAGAUUGAAGAAGAAGAAGAAGAAAAAGGAAAAGGAAAAGGAAAAGAAAGAAACAACUGCGUCCCUUAG